CGGCGAACUGCUCGGAAUGCCAACUGAUGACUCGCGCGCUCCCGAUACGCAACUCGACUGACGGCAGUAGACCAGCAGAGCCUUAAAGCCUCAAAGUUUCAGCCUCGGACAGCAACAGGCGCAUGUGCAUCGCUUCUGCGCGGCUUAUUGCGUUUCACAAUUUUGUUCCAGUCCUGCGUCGCAAUGCCACCGUCGAGUCGCAUACCACCUCUUCUCCAGCCAUACAUCCAACUCCCUCGCGAGGAUUCACUUAUCCUGCUCACGAGCACUCUCGGAGCCAGCGCAAACUGGUUGCUACUACGGUUCCUGUGUGAUGCGCUGAGCACAGUCACAGCCCAAGAUGGCGGGGAAGAGGGACACAAUGUAGUGCUGGUUUCUUGGAUGAGACAGUAUGAGUUCUGGAAGCAAGAAUCUAGAAAGAGCGCAGGCCUAGAUUUGGAGAGACUCAGGAAAGAGGGGAGCUUCGCUUUCGUUGAUGGGUUGGGGGCUGGUGCAGAUGCGCCUGGCAGUAGCAUGUCCGGAAUAGACGCGCGGGCCAAUGGACAGGCAAAACCACAAGUCACGGGGCCGAAUAGGAUUCAGGUGCAGAGAGGGCCGCAGACACUACCUGUACGAGGUCCUCCCGGGGGGAUAGUGCCUGCAAGAGGGCCACCUGUAGCAGUAGCAGCAGCAGCGCCUACACUAGCUACGAUUCCUACAACAUCAGAGGCGGCCGACGUAGGUAGCAGUACCCCCGGCCACUACGCAUUGAAGACACUCGACCUUUCAGAAAUCAGAACGACCAUUUCCAGCGCCGUCUCUGCGCUCAAUCCCACGGCAGUGCAGCGAAAGACACUCCUCAUCUUCGAUAAUCCAGACCUCCUCCUCGCCCUCAACCCCUCCAUCACACCCUCGGACUUUACUUCGCUUGCUCUGACUCUUCAUAUAACACCGACUGUGUCACAUGUUCUCACCCAUAUACAAUCAGAUAAUCCGCUUCUCAGCCUUUCCAUACAACCCCAACCACUUGAGCUUGCGCACCACAACCUGCUGGUCAAGUUUGCUCAUAUGAGCAGGAGGAUACUGGGUGUGAGAAUUCUGGAUACUGGAGUUGCAAGAGAUGUGAGCGGUGUCAUACGGAUCACCGAACAGAAGCAUGAGUGGCUAGACUUGGAGCUCAACAAAAACGAACCCAAGGAAGGUGAUGACAACGGGCAAGGAAAAGAGUUCCUGUACCAGGUCAAAGGCGAUGGCAGCGUAAGGGUCUUUGAGCGGGGUGCUGGUGGAGAGGCUUGAUAGUAUUCUCAAGCCCUGACAGAGUUUGAUCUCGAGUUACACCAACACGCCUCAUUAUUCACUCGCAACAUGUGGCUUGACCGUAGGCCAAGGUAAGCCUUCGAAUACAAUAGCGAUGAUAAUCCCGCCCCAAUGCAGAGGACCAUAAGCGAAUGUACAAUCUUUUUCAU